AUGCCAGAAAGCUUGGAACAAGAAGCUGAGAUGGAAGAUGAGAACUACGUGUGGCUUGAUCCCUUACUAAGGGUAUGUAGGCAACCUAGGGUUCUAGGUGCAGCCACGAGGUCAAUGGAAGGGCAAAUAGGUCAUUCGUGCUUGACACCCGCCAAGUGUCGGACACGUACAGGGUUUCGCUCGGAUUCCAAAGUGGAAUUUGGGUCAGGUCCUGUCUCUCAUACAUGUUACAAAGCUGGGAACAAUAUGACGGUAGAUAGAUGGGACCACAUUUGA